AACCUUGUAGCCCCAAAACCAAAAAAACAGAAAAAGACAACCUACCAAAACACCUAAAUUGACAUAUCUGCCACUAUGAAGAUCUGAUCCAAAGCUUCUUCAUUUAGGAAAGCAUAGUAAAACCAAAGAGAAACACCCAAAUUCACGUUUUUGAUUCUAAACAAAAAAUUUGGGGCAAAAAACCAAAGAGAAAUAAUGUCAAUGGCUGCUUUUAUUAAGCUUGAAGAUUCUCCUAUGUUCCAAAAACAAGUGAGGUCUCUUGAACAGACAACAGAUGACCUAAGAGAUAGAUGUCAAAAGCUAUACAAAGGUUGUAAGAAGUACAUGGAAGUACUCGGAGACUCACACAAUGGAGACAUCAUGUUUGCCGAAUCAUUAGAGGCAUUUGGUGGUGGUCUAGACGACCCUCUCAGUGUGUCCCUAGGAGGUCCAAUCAUAUCAAAGUUCAUCUCGGCAUUGCGUGAACUUGCUACAUACAAGGAGCUUAUCCGUUCCCAAGUAGAACAUGUGCUGGUGGAUCGCGUAAGCCAGUUUUUGUCUGUUGAUUUGCGGGAUGUAAAGGAAUCCCGUCGCCGGUUUGAUAAAGCCUCAUCCACUUAUGACCAGGCACGUGAAAGGUUUUCUUCUCUGAAGAAGAAUACCCGGGAUGAAGUUGUUACUGAACUAGAAGAAGACCUACAUAACUCAAAGUCCACUUUUGAGAGAAGCCGUUUCAAUCUAGUAAAUGCUAUCACAAAUGUUGAAGCCAAAAAGAAGUACGAGUUCUUAGAAUCCUUUAGCGCUAUUAUGGAUGCACAUCUGAGAUACUUCAAGCUGGGUUAUGACUUAUUGAGCCAGAUGGAGCCGUUCAUCCAUCAGGUUUUGACAUAUGCCCAGCAGUCGAAGGAACAGGCCAGCAUAGAACAAGAUAAACUUGCCAAAAGAAUCCAAGAGUUCAGGACACAAGCUGAGCUUGAUCAUUUGCGGGGAUCCAGUAACCUUGGUACUUCAACUAGUUCUAUAGCAUCAAAUGGUGUUGGUAUGAAUUCAGACAAAAAGAUAGACGCAAUUAUGCAGUCCAGUGCAGAAGGAGGGGUCCAAACAAUUAAGCAGGGAUAUCUUUUGAAAAGAUCUUCUAGUUUGAGGGCUGAUUGGAAGAGACGGUUCUUUGUACUUGACAGUCUUGGCAAUUUAUAUUAUUACAGGCUCAAGGGUGGACAGGGUUCCCCAUCAUCUCACCCUCCUGGUGUUGAUAACAAUAGUAGUGUAUUUGGCAGAUUCCGGACAAGGUAUAGGUCGUCAUCCGUUGGAGAGGAGAGUUUAGGUUGUCGUACUGUUGAUCUUCAUACUUCUACAAUAAAACUGGAUGCGGAGGACACAGACCUGAGGCUUUGCUUCAGAAUUAUUUCGCCGUUAAAGUCUUAUACUUUGCAGGCUGAAAGUGAAGCUGAGCGAGUUGACUGGAUGAAUAAAAUCACCGGAGUAAUUGCGUCCCUUUUGAAUUCUCAUCUACAGAAGUUUGAUCCUAGUAAAAAUGACACUGAUGGUAGCAUUAAAACCUAUGCUGCUGCUUUAAAUGUUCAAGGGGCGGUUAAUGAUGAAAAUGCACUAGCUACUGUAAGAGCCAAUCAGGCCGAUUCAGUUUCUAAGAUUCUCAGAGAAGUUCCUGGAAAUGACAAGUGUGCUGACUGUGGUGCUUCAGAACCUGAUUGGGCAUCUCUAAAUCUUGGCAUCUUAAUUUGCAUAGAAUGCUCGGGAAUUCAUCGGAACCUUGGUGUUCAUAUCUCAAAGGUAAGGUCCAUAACAUUAGAUGUCAGGGUUUGGGAGCCUACCAUCUUGGAUCUAUUCCGCACAUUGGGUAAUUCUUAUUGUAACUCGGUGUGGGAGGAGCUGCUUCUACUUCCAAGUGAUGGAUUAACAAAUGAUGAUGCUAUUCACUCUGCUUCCAAGCCAAGCCCCAAAGAUGCCUUUCAUGCAAAGGAGAAGUACAUUUUGGCAAAGUAUGUUGAAAAGCAGGUUUUGAAUAAAGAAGCUUUUGGACCUUACAACAAUCGUGCCACCCUCAUUUGGGAAGCAGUUAGGAGUAAUAACGUGAAGGACGUCUAUCGAAUUAUUGUAGUGUCAGAUGUGAAUAUUAUCAACACUACCUAUGAUGAGUUCGAGGGCGCUACAAUGUACCAUGAAAUUUUUGAAAAUGAUGCAAAACUAGGCUUUCAGGAUUCCGAAAAGAAACAUCAAAACCCAGCAGCCUGCCAGGAAAUCAAGCUUUGCCUUCAAGGCUGUUCUUUGUUACAUCUAGCAUGCAAAGGGGAAACUCCAGUGAUGCUUGAACUUCUGCUGCAAUUUGGUGCAGAUAUAAAUAGACGUGAUUUUCAUGGAAGGACUCCUCUACAACAUUGCAUCAGCAAUGGGAGACACAACUUAGCUAAAUUUUUGCUUAGAAGAGGUGCUCGUGCAUCAAUCAAGGAUUAUGGUGGACUCAGUACACUGGAUAGGGCCAUGGAUAUGGGUGCAAUCAAAGAUGAAGAGUUAUUUGUGCUGCUUACCAAGAGUGAGUGAAAUGGGAAGGUGUUUUUAAUCGGUAGCUCUCAAGCUUCCAACUUCUGCAUUUUGUAAAGCAUGUUGUUCUAUAAGUGCUUACCGUUUUUCUCCUUUAACACAUUAAAAUUCAAUUCGUCUCUCCCCAACUCCUCUCUCCGGUUUUCAUUGUUGAUGUUUGGUGAAUCAGUGCACAGUUUUAUAAUCCCUUUUGACACUCUUAAUGUUGAAAUAACCAUUGUAGAUGUUGGAGUAAAUUUGUAAAAGUUUUGAUGAUCAGGGGUAGUAAAUCUGCAUACUCUGAUCCAUUAACAAAGUUAUUGGACUUGUUCCCCGGCUUGAUUGACUUA